AUGGAGGAUCUUAACAUCUACAUCCUCACAUCAAACUGUGCACGGACUCUUAUUGAUGUUGACUUAUUUGCCGACCAUUUCUUCGAUGCGCUAUCUGCAGAUGCACGGGGCUUAGGAGCCCCCGAGCUGAUCGUGCUCUCGCUCCAGGAGAUCGCUCCAAUCGCAUAUUCAUUCUUGGGUGGGGCAUAUCUAACACCAUACUUUGAUGCUUUUGUGCGAACAGUCAAGAAGGCAACUGCCAAAUCAUGGAAUGAGGCCUAUGUGAAUCUGGUCAAGGACCAUACGGGCAUGACCGGAUUGAUGGUCUUUGCGCGGGCAGACAUCAUUGACAAAAUUCCUUGGGUCGAUACUGCGCAUGUUGGAUUUGGAAUUCAGGAAAUGGGGAAUAAGGGUGCUGUCGGGGCACGUCUGGGGUAUGUGGCGGGAAGUAAUCCAUCUAAGACUGUGGAAUUGACUUUUGUCGCGGCCCACCUGGCACCUAUGGAGAAUGCCUUGAAGCAGAGAAAUACGGACUGGCAAAGUAUUGUCGAACGGCUGGUGUUCUCUCACCAAAACACUUCACCGAUGGCCGUGGGGCAAGAAAGUUCCGAUGAGAACACUGCUCUUCUGGCUGAUCACGAGUCAUCGCAUGAAGCGGAGACCAGUCGUCGGGAUCUCUUUGCGCCCAACUCCUACGUCUUCCUGGCGGGGGAUCUAAAUUACCGAACGUCAGAUGUUAGCCCGUCAAAAGCAGACAUUGUCCACUUUCCUCGACAAGGUGUCCCUCGUGAGGAUCCUGCGCAUUACUCGCAUCUCCUUAAGGAGGAUCAGCUGAUACGGGAGAUGCGUGAAGGGCGCUGCUUUCACGGGUUGUCCGAAGCACCCAUUGACUUCCCCCCGACUUACAAAUACUCUGGCGCGGCGCAGCAGGCUGCGCGUCUCAGUCUAAUCAACGGAGAGUCAGAGACAGAGUGGAAAUGGUCAACCCACCGCUGGCCGAGCUGGUGUGACCGGAUCCUCUACCUGGAUAGUCCUUCCUGGGCCAGAGAAGGAGGACAAGUCAAACCGCAUGCAUACAAUGCACUUCCUCUCUUCCCUCACUCAGACCACCGGCCUGUUGCAUUGGCGGUGACCGUCCCUCUGAAGGCUUCAGAUCUAUCGGAGACAGAUCACGAGGGGUCUGGAGCCCACUCAGUAGCUCCAUUUACAAUUGACCCCAGCUGGCGGUCUCGGAGAGAUGCUGCUCGACAGAAGGAGAUAGUGGUCGGAUUUCUCGCAUAUCUGGGUUUGACCUGGGAAGGAAAUGGGAUGCUACUUGCAUCGACACUUGGGUUAAUCGGUGCAUGGGUUCUUCUUCGGUCUCUCUAG